GACACUGGCCACACCAGAGAGACGAGAAGAGAAGAGAGCCUACAAAAUGGACGUGGGCAGCAAAGAGGUCUUGAUGGAGAGUCCACCGGAUUACUCAGCAGGUCCCAGGAGUCAGUUCCGCAUCCCCUGCUGCCCUGUGCAUCUCAAACGCCUUCUCAUCGUGGUUGUGGUGGUGGUCCUUGUUGUCGUGGUGAUUGUAGGGGCCCUGCUCAUGGGCCUUCACAUGAGUCAGAAACAUACAGAGAUGGUCCUUGAGAUGAGCAUUGGAGCUCCGGAAACUCAGAAACACCUAGCUCCCAGUGAGCGCAUGGACACCAUUGCUACUUUCUCUGUUGGUUCCACUGGCAUUGUUGUGUAUGACUACCAGCGGCUCCUGACUGCCUAUAAGCCAGCCCCAGGAACCUACUGCUACAUCAUGAAGAUGGCUCCAGAGAGCAUCCCCAGUCUUGAGGCUUUUGCUAGAAAAUUCCAGAACUUCCAGGUCAAGCCCUCAGCACCCACCUCUAAGCUGGGCCAGGAGGAAGGGCAUGAUACUGGUUCCGAGUCUUCCGGGAGAGACCUGGCUUUCCUAGGCCUUGCUGUGAGCACCUUGUGUGGAGAGCUACCACUAUACUAUAUCUAGGACCCCCUCAGGGUCGGUGGUAACCGCGUUGGGACAGGAGAGGCCCUCAGCAAAGGGUCUCUUGCAGACAAGCAGGAUGCUGCUCCUGUUCAUACCUGACAGGACAGGGUAAAAGCUCUUAGAGGAGGGGUCUCCUACAGGCCAGGGGGCUCCUGCCACAAAACAAUAAAGCAGCCUGAUUGAAAAACAAA